AUGAACAUCGCACAGCGGUUGUCAUCGCUGGAGUGGCACGACAGGCUGAACAUGGACCUCAGCAUCCUAAGAAUUUAUAUAUGCUUAUCGGCGGCUUUCAUCGUCGUCUUCAUUUUCGGACUUGCUUUCUAUCGACUCUACCUCAGCCCCUUAGCUAAAUUCCCUGGUCCUCGGUUGGCCGCUGCGACGGGGCUCUAUGAAACUUACUAUGAUGUUGUUCGUGAUGGUCAAUUUUCCUCGCACAUCGAGCGUCUGCAUCAGACAUAUGGUCCGAUUGUGCGCAUCAAGCCAUGGGAACUUCACGUGAAAGACCCGGACAACUACAACACGCUGUACGCAGGAGUAACGCGAAAGCGAAACAAGGACAGCUGGUUCUCGUUUGCGGGAUGGCCUGAUUCAAUCUUCUCAACCAAUGGACACGCGUUGCAUCGCUCCCGACGAAGCGUGUUGGCACAGUUUUUCAGAAGGCAGGCAAUCCUGGAUGUGCAACCGCUUAUUCGGGACAAUAUCCAGGCUUUGUGUCGUCAUUUUCGCAAAGCGCAAGCGGGGUACCAUAGUUUAGAGCUCUAUACUACGUUUUUUUGUUUUACGAGUGAUACUAUAUCGCAAUAUGCUUUUGGGAAACAGAAUGGCUUUCACUAUUUAGGUGAGGCCGAGCUGGAUGUGGCUUGCAAGUCAAAAGCGCAUUCUAUCUUUGAGCUUUCUCAGAAGACAAGACAUUUCCCCUGGCUUUGCAAGCUGGUGCACUUCUGCCCUUGGCCAGCAUUACUUAUGAAUGCUGAUUUUGCUAGGGUCUAUGCCCAGGAAAUGGAAGUUCAAAGUAUGGUUCGCAAGGCCAUACUGGGACGUGGUAAGGGGUGCAGCGAGAAGCCCAAGCCAAUCUAUCCUGCAAUCCUGAAUAACGAGAAAGUACCUGAGGAUGAGAAAAGGCUCGCCCGCCUAACUGAUGAUGCGAUUUUCUUGGUACAAGCCGGUACCGAUGCGCCAGGAAGAGCAUUGGUUUUGACUUUAUAUUACAUUCUGCGAGAUCCAGAGGUGCAUAAGAAGCUUCGCUCUGAGUUGUGUGCUGCUUGGCCAGAUGCGACAAUGGAGCCAGGACUUAUAGCUUUGGAACAGUUGCCUUAUUUUACUGCCGUGUUGAAGGAAGGACUUCGAUUAUCCUCUCUCGUCAGCACACGUCUUCCACGUGUCGCACCGGAUGAGGAAUUGCAUUUCCAUGGAUACGAAAUCCCACGCGGAGUUCCCGUGAGCAUGACCACCUUUUUUAUCCUCCGUGAUCCAAAGAUCUUUCCCGAGCCGUUACAAUUCAUCCCCGAGCGCUGGCUUCUGGAGCCAGAGGACUUGCGAAAGUUGGAGCGGUACCUAGUUCCAUUUUCCAAAGGGACCUUGGGGUGUAUGGGCCAAAGUAUGGCUUGGGCAUGGCUGUAUAUGGUGCUUGGGACACUCCUGCGAAGGUUUGAGAUGAGACUCUAUGAUACGACGGAGCGUAACGUAACUCCAGUCAGGGAUAAAUUUCUCUGGCAGACGGAGCCUGGACUGAAUCGGGUUCAGAUCAAGGUGUUAAGGGAGUAUUCAUAA